AUGUUUAUUCUUCCAUUAAACACUACUGAUGGAUCCUUUCCACAAGCUCACUUAAAAAAAAAAAAAAACACCUUUUUUUGCCCCCUCCUUUUUAAUAAACCUGGUACACAUAAAUCCAGAAAAAUCUAAGUUUCUUCUCUCUCUGUUGAUGUGAAGCAAGUCUUCCUAUUAGCUGCCUUUAGCAUUUUCUUCAUUCUAAAAAAAACAACCCAGGGAUUGCUUCUCCUUUAAAUAUGUAUGAUUACAAAUUUAACUCUCUUUGUAAAAUGAGCUGUGCCACCUAUGGAAAUACUCUGCCAUGUAAGGUUUUGUAACUUAAGUUUAAAAAUUUGCAGGGCAUUGAACUUGCUCAGUAACAACUUUCACUUUCCCAUCAGUGUUUUCAGUCAUAGUACCAGAACAAUGCCUGAAGUAAACACAGACAGUCUCGAUGAGCAGCAGGUGCAGCUCUUGGCUGAGAUGUGCAUCCUUAUUGAUGAAAAUGACAACAAGAUUGGUGCAGACACUAAGAAAAAUUGCCAUCUGAAUGAAAACAUUGAAAAAGGAUUAUUGCACCGUGCUUUCAGUGUUUUCCUGUUCAAUACAGAAGACAAACUGCUGCUGCAGCAGAGAUCAGAUGCUAAAAUUACCUUUCCAGAUUGUUUUACCAAUACUUGUUGCAGUCAUCCACUAAGUACUCCAUUAGAAUUAGAAGAAGGUGAUGGUAUUGGUGUACGAAGAGCAGCGCAGAGACGAUUAAAAGCAGAACUGGGAAUUCCCACGGAACAGGUAACUCCAGAAGACAUCUGCUACUUAACACGAAUUCACUACAAGGCCAAGUCUGAUGGUAUCUGGGGAGAACAUGAAAUUGAUUACAUUUUGUUUGUGCAGAAAGAUGUCACACUGAGUCCUGAUCCUAAUGAAAUCAAAAGCCACUGUUAUGUGACACAGAAAGAACUAAAACAACUCUUGAAAAAAGCAUCAAGAAAUGAAAUUAAGAUUACUCCAUGGUUCAAAUUAGUAGCAGAGACUUUUCUUUUUAGGUGGUGGGAUAACUUGAAAAACCUUAAUAGAUUUGUUGAUCACAAAAAUAUACACAGAAUGUAAAAAAGCAUAGGCACAUAUGAUAAUACCACACUAGUUGGCUCUAUGGUAACAUUAAUUCUUAUAGCUAAGGACUGACAGAUAGCACAUCUGGGGCAUCUUUUGUGGGAAUUUACUAUGAAAGGGGACAGUUUAUUUCUCUUUUAAAAAAGUUUAAUGUUGGUGGGGAAACUGCUGUUCUUCUAUGUAGCCUAAGGUAGAAGGACCUGCACCAACAAUAGGAGCAUAAUUUAGUCUGAGUCUAUUCAGUUUUUGGUCUUUCUUUAAAAAUGAGAGCCAGCUGUUACAUUUUUCCAAAAGUAACUGAUCAAUGUAUGAGGCCCCUGGCAGGUAUUACAGUCCAAUUAGCUUGUUAAUUGCUGCUUAAAUGGUAACUGGGCCACAAGUUCAAGGGAUCCACGGCACCACAAAAAAGGAAACCACCAAAAUACUACACGUUUCUUGUAAUGUUUCUUGCAUAAUAUUUUGGUGGCUGGUUUCCAUCAUGCCUUAAAUUGCAUGUGUGGCACCAAGGUUGCUGACUGGCCUCACAAUGUUCCCCACAAGCCAGCAAUCCAGUUGAUCCUUGGCAGGCUCCAUAAAAAUGGAUUUUGGCUUCCUUGUGGAUAUUCAAGGGACUUCUCAUCAAGGGGAAAAAGUACUUGAGAAUAGGCAGAAUUCCAUCAAAUUGACAAAGUAAACUUUUCAUAGUUUGUCUUAAAAUUCUUAUAUAGACUGUGUCUUGUUUCAGCUGUGUCCCAUAAGAAGUUUCUAUAAAGGAGUUGCCAACCUCCUGUAGACAAAAGUUCAUUGUUUUUUUUAAAUUUUCCUGGAUUAAUGCAAGCUUGAAAUUCACAAGGACUAGUACUGCAGUCUCAGUAAAAAAAUCUACUUGC